AGUUGAAAAUGUAUUCAGAUCGCUGAACUCCUCAAGCAUACGAUCCUCACCCUCACAAGCCCCACUGAUGAAAACCCCAAAACAAAGAGCAGUUGAGCUUUAAAAGGCUGUUAGAAAGCUGCCUUCCAUUCUUUUAUGGGAGACAGCCCACCUCUGCACUACAAACCAACUCCAAAAAUAUUUGAACGAGCUUUCGAAAGAGAAAUUAAGAGCCAGUACUGUGGCCCUCUUCUCCUCUUUUACCUAGCUUCUUCUUCUUCUUCUUCUUCUUCUUCUUCCACCUUUCUCAAUCUCUCUCUGCUCACUGUUACUUUCCUUAAUGUUCACUAUCUCUUCCUCUCCCCUACCGCCGGCCCAGCCGCUCUCAAUCGCAGAAACCAAUAUCACCAAGAAGAAGCGCCGGCCGGCUGGCACGCCAGACCCGGAUGCUGAAGUCGUCUCCUUGUCGCCGAGAACGCUUCUGGAAUCCGAUCGCUACGUGUGCGAGAUCUGCAACCAGGGAUUCCAGCGAGAUCAGAACUUACAAAUGCACCGCCGCCGGCACAAGGUGCCAUGGAAGUUGCUGAAGAGGGAGUCAACGGUGGAGGCGGCGGCGGCUGCUUCGAAAAAGAGGGUGUUUGUAUGUCCGGAGACCAGCUGCUUACACCACGAUCCGUGCCACGCGCUCGGUGAUCUAGUCGGAAUCAAGAAACAUUUCCGGCGAAAGCACUCGGCGAAUAAACAGUGGGCUUGUGGCCGGUGUUCGAAAGCCUAUGCAGUUCACUCGGAUUAUAAAGCUCAUCUUAAGACUUGCGGGACUAGGGGACAUUCCUGUGACUGCGGUCGCGUUUUCUCUAGGGUGGAGAGUUUCAUCGAACACCAAGACACCUGCAGUGCAAGCCGCCGCCGGUCCGAACCACGCACUCCUCAGCAGAUAACCUCCCUCUCCCGCCCAAUUUCCAGCCCGAGCCCAUCUACCGACACGCCACCCUGCCCACCGCCGCCUCCAUACCCCAAACUACCCUUCUUCUCACCGCCAUCUCGCCGGAACUUCGAACUCCAACUUCUCGCCCCUCCAUCCACCGAGCUCGACCUUUCCAUCGGCCCGCCGGUGCCCAUAAACGAAAAGUCGGCGUCUGAUGAAGCGAGGGAACAGGCGAGGCAGCAAGUGGAGAUGGCGGAGAAAGAGCUCGCGACAGCUCGGAGAAUACGGCAACAGGCGAGGGCUGAGUUCGAGAAAGCUUGCGCUUUGCGUGCCGCCGCCGCGCGGCAGAUUAAUUCAAUACUGCUGCAAAUUACUUGCCACGACUGCCAGCAGCGGUUGAGGUCUAAGGCGAUCACAGCCGACGCCGGAGAAGAGGGAGAGCAAAUGUACUGGCCAAACGUGCCUCAGCCCAAGAUUUAGUUCUAGUUUUUUUAAUUUUUUUUUUCUUAUGUUGGCUUCUCUUUCUGUCAUGUAAGUAUUUGGUAAUUGGCUGCUUAAAGUUGAGAUUCGAAUGAAA